AUGAAGUUUGGCAAGCAGAUCCUGUCCCAGCAGAUCUCCGGCUGGGGGUCCUACUACUUGGACUACAAAUUCCUCAAGAAAAUCAUCAACUCGCUUGAAAAGGGCCGAAUCACGGAUGCAGCGCUUCUUGCGACCGGCAUGCGGCCGGGUCCAAAGGUAGCAUCGGAACAAGGUGGUCGGCUUGAAAGUGACGGCCAGCAGGGAGAGGCACCUUCUGAAGUAGACAGAGAAGCUGCAGAAGCUGUUGCCACGCAGAUCCUCAUCGGUGGCCACCAUGGUGGAGAUGGAUCCGACGAGCUCAAGCUGCACAAGGCUGCAUUUUUCUUCAAGCUAGAAAGAGAACUUGAAAAGGCGAGUUUUCAGUUCAUGUUCUCAAAGAAGCGGCAGCCUUCUAACGUGCCCUAG